CUAGAAGGUAACGCUUUAUGCUGUAAUGUAAGCAGUGUACAGAACGAUCACUUGUAAAAUUGCUGAGUUUUGAUUGUUAACAAAUAAUCCUUGUUUAUCAAGUUUAAAUGAUUCUGUAAUUGUGUGAUUAGGUCGGGGGAUUACGGAUUCUCGUUUUUUACACACCGAUGUGAUAAUGGCAAGCCCAUCACCCCAAAGUAGUCCAAUGCCUCCUCCACAAGCCCCAAGUCCCAUGGGGCCACCAUCACAAAGUCCAGCGCCGCCGCCAAGCCCGCAUAGUCCAUAUCAAAGCCAUAUUAAUGGGCCGCCGUCACAUGGUAUGCCACCUGGUCCUGGAUCAGGACAUCCUGGAAUGGGGGCCAUGCCAUCAGCACCACAUCAGUUGGGUCCCAAUCCACCUGGAGCUCAUAUACCACCUCAAUCUCUCAGCAACAUACCUCCAAACGGUCAUCCGCACCCUCAGCAGCACCCAGGCAUGCCACCACACGUAAUAGGUGCACCUCCUGGGCAUCCUGGUCCGCCGCCGCAAGGUCAUCCCGGGGGUCCGCAUCAAGGUUCGGCUCCUCAUCAAGGACACCCUGGUCAUCUCGGUGGGCCGCCUAUCCAGCAGCCCCACCCGGGAGCGCCUCAAGGGCAUCCUGGUGUUCCUCAAGGUCCACCCCAAGGACACCCUGGAAACUUACCACCGCAAGGUCAUCCUAGCAUGCAGGCUGGUCCUCCGCCACCGCAGGGCCAUCCCGGCCACCCUCACCAGCCACAUGGUCCGCCUCCUCAAAGUCACCUCAACUCGCAAGGACAUCCAGGUGGACCACCGCACGGUCUUCCACAAGGCCACAAUAUACCGCCGGGUCAGCCAUAUCCUGGUCAUCCAAUGCCAAUGCCUCAUCCUCAACAAGGGCAGAAUCCUUCCUCCUCACCUGGCCCCCAAGGUCCGUCGUCAGGCCCUCCAAUGAGUGUACAAACGGGACAGGCUGGACCUCAGGGGCAAGAAAAUCUUAACGCGUUACAACGAGCUAUAGACUCCAUGGAAGAAAAGGGGAUGCAAGAAGAUCCAAGGUAUUCUCAGUUAUUAUCGCUACGAGCACGAACCAACGGAACUUCUGCUUUCACACAGGUGCAAAUGCAACAAUUACGGGUUCAAAUAAUGGCAUAUCGUAUGUUGGCUCGAAAUCAACCAUUAACUCAACAAAUGACUUUAGCAGUUCAGGGUAAGCGACCAGACGGAGCUCCCCAAUGCCCUACACCACCACCAACAAGCCCAUAUCCAUCUCAAGGAGCUCCUACUUCUGCUCAAGGUACAACCCCGCCUAGUGAUGGAAAUGAAAAUGCGCCAUCCGAGAGUCAGCCGCCUCAAGCCAUGCGACCGCCAGGUCCACCUAAUUCACAAGCUCCAACUACAAAUUCUACACCAGCACAGCAGCCAGUGGGUUUAAAACCAGGACAACAAAAUAAUACCCCACCAAUACCGCAAGGCAUUCGACCUGGCGCCACGCCUCCGGCUCAGCAGGGACAAGGGCAGCAUCCGGCUCCCAAACAGAACCGAGUAACAUCUAUACCAAAACCUGUUGGAAUUGAUCCUCUCAUUGUUCUUCAAGAACGUGAAAAUAGAGUUGCUGCACGAAUCGCUGCCAGAAUGGAACAGUUAGCCAAUUUACCGACAAACAUGCCAGAUGACUUACGUAUAAAGGCUCAAAUCGAAUUACGCGCUUUGAGGUGUUUGAAUUUUCAACGACAACUUCGCAGUGAAAUUGUAGCAUGUACCCGUCGCGAUACGACCUUGGAAACUGCGGUUAACGUUAAAGCGUACAAGCGGACAAAGAGGCAAGGUCUUCGUGAAGCAAGAGCGACCGAAAAGUUGGAAAAACAGCAAAAAUUAGACGCCGAACGUAAACGUCGGCAGAAACAUCAGGAGUUUUUAACUUGCGUUUUACAACAUGGCAAAGAUUUUAAGGAGUUCCACCGCAAUAACCAAGCGAAAUUGGCGCGAAUUAAUAAGGCAGUUAUGAAUCAUCACGCGAACGCUGAACGAGAACAAAAGAAAGAGCAAGAAAGGAUUGAAAAGGAACGUAUGCGCAGACUAAUGGCGGAAGAUGAAGAGGGUUAUCGUAAACUUAUCGAUCAAAAGAAAGACAAACGUCUUGCAUUCCUUCUCUCACAGACUGACGAGUAUAUUAGUAAUUUGACUGAGAUGGUGAAACAGCACAAGUUGGAGCAAAGGCGCAAGCAACAAGAGGAGGAAAAACGCAAACGUAGACGAAAGAAGAAACAAAGUGCAGAAGGUAAUAUGGAUGCGGACGAUGAUGGUUCUCAAGGAUCUGACAAACCUGUCACAGUGAUUGAAACAAGCAGUGGAAAGGUAUUAAGUGGAGAUGAAGCCCCUAUGCUUAGUCAACUUCAUCAAUGGUUAGAGGCUCACCCUGGUUGGGAAGUUGCUGAUACUGAUGAUGAGGAUUCCGAGGAUGAUCAAGAGGAUUUAAGGAGUAGCGGCGGAAAUCAAAAAACUGAAGAAGAAAAGGCCAAGGAGGUAAUUAAAAAGGCAAAAUGUGAAGAUGACGAAUAUAAAAAUGGAAAAGAAGAGCAAACAUAUUAUAGUAUUGCACACACAGUACACGAAAUGGUAACUGAACAAGCGUCGAUAAUGGUUAAUGGUCAAUUAAAAGAAUACCAGACAAAGGGAUUGGAAUGGUUGGUGUCUCUUUUCAAUAACAACCUCAAUGGUAUAUUAGCAGAUGAGAUGGGUCUCGGUAAAACUAUUCAAACAAUUGGAUUAAUUACUUAUUUAAUGGAAAAGAAGAAAGUUAAUGGACCUUAUUUAAUUAUUGUUCCGCUUUCAACUCUUUCCAAUUGGGUUUUGGAAUUUGAAAAAUGGGCGCCAUCUGUUGUGGUAGUAUCAUACAAAGGUUCACCUGCAGGACGAAGAGCUAUUCAGAGUCAAAUGAGAUCAACAAAGUUUAAUGUGUUGCUUACUACUUACGAAUACAUUAUUAAGGACAAGGGUGUACUUGCAAAGCUACAAUGGAAGUAUAUGAUCAUUGAUGAAGGUCAUAGAAUGAAAAAUCAUCACUGCAAGCUCACUCAAGUUUUGAAUACUCAUUACAUUGCUCCUCAUCGUCUGCUGUUAACUGGUACUCCACUACAAAAUAAAUUACCGGAACUGUGGGCGCUUUUAAAUUUCUUGUUACCGUCUAUCUUCAAAAGUUGCUCUACUUUUGAGCAAUGGUUUAAUGCACCCUUUGCCACAACUGGAGAAAAAGUUGAACUGAACGAGGAAGAAACCAUACUUAUCAUUCGUCGUUUACAUAAAGUAUUGCGACCAUUUUUGCUAAGACGUCUGAAAAAGGAAGUAGAAUCUCAGUUGCCAGAUAAGGUGGAGUACAUUAUUAAAUGCGAUAUGUCUGGUCUUCAAAGGGUUCUUUACAAGCAUAUGCAGAGCAAGGGUGUAUUAUUAACAGAUGGUUCUGAAAAGGGUAAUAAGGGAAAAGGUGGCGCCAAAGCUUUAAUGAAUACAAUUGUGCAACUGCGCAAACUCUGCAAUCAUCCAUUUAUGUUCCAGAAUAUUGAAGAAAAAUAUUGUGAUCACGUUGGAAUGGCUGGUGGAGUUAUAUCAGGGCCGGACAUUUAUCGAGCAUCUGGUAAAUUUGAGUUGCUAGACAGAAUAUUACCAAAACUAAAGGCAACUAAUCAUCGAGUGCUUCUCUUUUGCCAAAUGACACAGCUUAUGACUAUAAUGGAAGACUACUUAGGAUGGCGAAGUUUCGGUUACUUAAGAUUAGAUGGUACAACUAAAUCGGAAGAUCGUGGUGAAUUGCUUAGAAAGUUCAAUUGUAAAAAUAGCGAAUACUUCAUAUUUUUGUUAUCCACAAGAGCAGGAGGUUUAGGUUUGAAUUUGCAAAGUGCAGAUACUGUCGUAAUUUUUGAUUCGGAUUGGAAUCCACACCAGGAUUUGCAAGCACAAGAUCGUGCACAUCGUAUUGGACAGGUAAAUGAAGUACGUGUAUUGCGUCUCAUGACCGUAAAUUCGGUGGAAGAGAGAAUUUUGGCAGCGGCAAGAUAUAAAUUGAACAUGGACGAAAAGGUUAUUCAAGCUGGUAUGUUUGAUCAAAAAUCGACAGGUACGGAGCGGCAACAAUUUUUGCAAAGCAUAUUGCAUCAAGAUGGAGAUGAUGAGGAGGAAGAAAAUGAGGUUCCUGAUGACGAAACUAUUAAUCAAAUGAUAGCACGCUCUGAAGAUGAGUUCGAAUUGUUUCAAAAGAUGGAUCUAGAGCGACGGCGGGAAGAAGCUAAAUUGGGCCCAGCUAGAAAAUCGAGGCUACUAGAAGAAAGCGAGUUACCAGAUUGGUUGGUGAAAGAAGAUGAUGAAGUGGAACGAUGGAAUUAUGAUGAACCAGAAGAAAGUUUACUUGGUCGUGGAACACGACAAAGAAAGGAGGUUGAUUAUUCAGACAGCUUGACUGAGAAAGAGUGGCUCAAGGCAAUAGAUGAAGGUGGUGAUUAUGACGAUGAGGAUGAAGAAGAGGAGAAAUUCAAGAAGAGACGUGGACGUAAACGGAGAAGACGAGGUGAUGACUCUGACAACGAUGCUGGUACUAGUAGUAAACGAAGAAGAGGGCAAUCAAGUUUUGAUAACAAAACUAGAAGACAAAUGCAUAAGUUGAUGCAUAUAGUAAUCAAAUAUACCGACAGCGAUGGACGACUGUUAAGUGAACAAUUUAUGAAACAACCAUCUCGAAAAGAUUAUCCAGAUUAUUAUGAAAUCAUAAAACGACCAAUGGAUAUCAACAAAAUUGUAAAUCGGAUAGAUGAAGGAAAAUAUGGCGAUUUACAAGAUUUGGAACGUGAUUUUAUGCUUUUAUGUCAAAAUGCACAAACGUAUAACGAAGAAGCUUCUGUAAUUCAUGAGGACAGCAUUGUUCUGCAAUCAGUAUUCACAAAUGCAAGGCAAAGGAUCGAGGUGGAUGGAGAUUCAGAUGAUAAAGAUGAUGGAAAUAAAUCUGACACAGAUUCAACAGUUAAAAUGAAAAUAAAAAUUAAGAGUAGAAGGCCACCGUCUAGUCGCCGAAGAAGAUCUGCCAAAAAAUAUAUCUCUGACGAUGAUGAAGACGAUGACGAUUAAGGUUGGAAAAUGUAGCUGUAGUAUUUUUAGGUUGAUAUUGUAAAGGUACUAAAUGUGAAAAUUGUACAAGCUUUUCUUGUAAUAUGUGUAAUGCACAUAUGGUAAUUUAAUUUGAUUUUUGCUAAAUUAAUUAUGUUUAGAACGAUUUUAACCAAUUUAUUUAUCAUAUGUAAGUAUUGAUUAUUAGUGGUAGGAGAUCUAUGAGCAAGAACUUUUCUUCCUAAUUAGUUUUGCUUUAGUUUUAAGUAUUCAUUUUUUAUGUUUGUAGAAUUAUGACUGUAAGUGUAUGAAGGAAUUUUAUCAAAUUUAUGAUAACUGUGUUUUACAAAGUGUAAAUCAAUCACAACCUGAUUCUAUAAAGCUGGUAAGAGAUUACUAUA